AUGAGGACGAAGAUAGCUUGUCAUUUCCAAAUCCCUCCUCCAAGCGAUGAGAACUUUACGAAUACAAUAUAUUCAGUGUGCUUUAGUCCAGAUGGAAGAAACAUUCUCGUAGCUGUUGGUGAUAGAAUCUUUUUCUACAAUGCAAAGACUUUAGAAUACGAAGAUUCAGUGAGAGGCCAUAAGUCAGAUGUCUACUGUGUUGCUUUUUCUAAAGAUGGGCUCAGAUUUGCCUCUGGAAGUGCUGAUAAAACAGUCGUUAUCUGGUCUAUCAGCAAAGAAGGAUUACUAAGAUAUAACCAUAAGGACCCUAUUCAAUUCUUGGCAUAUAAUCCAGUACUUAAUAGCUUGAUAUCGGUAACAGACGGAGAUUUCGGAUUAUGGACACUUGACCAAAGCAAUGUUGUCAAGCAUGAUUUGCCUUCCAAAGGACUUUGUGCUGAUUGGUCUCCAGAUGGGCAGUUACUUGCAAUUGGUUGCUUCAACGGAACCGUUCUCUUAAGAGAUAAGAAUGGAGGAAAACUAGCUGAGCUUAUGAAGAGUGUAUCUCCAAUUUGGACAGUUCAGUUCUGUCCAAAGAAAUUUGAUACUACAGAUAACACCCUUGCGAUUGGUUCAUGGGAUGAAAAAUUGUCUAUUUACAGUAUUGCUGGUGGAAAAUCCUUCAACCAAAUCGGUCUUGAUAAGAAAUUAGGUUUUGAUCCUUUAAGCAUUUCCUUCUUCUCAGGAGGCCACUACAUGGUGAUUGGUGGAACCAAUAAGAAACUAACGCUUUGGAAUAAGGAAGGAGUCAAGCUAGGAGAGAUCGGUGAGAUGAACGAUUGGAUUUUCUCAUGCUCAGUUCAGUCAGAGACAAACAAAGUCCUUGGAAGUACCAAUCAGGGAGAACUUAAAAUUCAUGAUGUUGAAUUCAAGACUGUUCAUGGACUUUACAAUGAAAGAUAUGCUCACAGAGAUCUCAUGACAGACAUUAUCAUUCAGCAUCUAGUGUCUGAAACAAGAGUCAAAAUCAGGUGUAGAGACUAUAUCAGGAGAAUCUCGAUUUAUAAGGACAGGCUAGCUGUGCAGUUACCAGAAAAACUUAUUAUUUACACAGUCAACCCAGAAGACCCGCUCGAUAUGAAAUAUAAGGCAUACAGGAAAAUUUCUAAGAAACUUGAGUGUGAAGACCUUCUUGUUCUUGAGCAUCACAUUAUCCUCUACAAGGGAAAGACUUUGCAAUUACUCAACUUCAGUGGAGUGAUAGAACGUGAAUGGAUUAUGGACUCAGAAAUAGGAUACUCGAAAGUAAUCGGAGGUCCUCCAAAGAAAGAAGGUUUGAUUGUAGGUCUCAAAGAUGGAAGUAUUUUCAAAGUGUUUGUUGACAAUGCUUUCCCAAUCUUAUUAAUCAAGCAAUCUACUGCUAUCAAGUCUGUUGACAUUAAUGCUAACAGAGAGAAAGUUGCUGUCGUUGAUGAAUUCAAUAAUUUAUUUAUCUAUGACAGCAUCUCCAAGAAGUUAUUGCACCAAGAGACGAAUGUAGAAUCUGUCUCUUGGAAUCUAGAAAUGGACGAAAUGCUUGCCUAUACAGGAGAUGGACAACUUUAUAUCAAAACAGGAGAUCUUUCUCCUUCCAGUCAAAGAAUGCCAGGAGAGGUAGUUGGCUUCAAAGGCUCUAAAAUCUUCACUCUUUUUGAUGGUUCUAUGACAGCGAUUGAUGUACCUCAAUCUGGAACAUUCUAUCAAUAUUUGCAAAAAGAUUUCAAAAUGGCUUAUAAAAUCGCAUGUCUCGGUGUCACAGAGCAAGAUUGGAGGUCCCUUGGAAUAGAAGCUCUAAAGGCGAAUGACUUCGACAUGUCAAAAAGGGCCUUCGCUAGGAUCAGAGAUUUAAAAUUCCUGGAUCUCUGUGAGAAAUCUGAAAAUGCUCAUAGAAGAAAAGAUUUGAAUAAAUUUGAACUUGAGGGCGAAAUUUUAUGCUAUCUAGGAAAAUUCAAAGAAGCAAGCUUACUUCUUUGCAAGAACAAUCUUGCCAAGAAAGCUAUCAAUAUGUACACUCUCUUGAGGAAGUUCAAAGAAGCAAAAGAAGUGGCACAGAAAUACGGACAAGGAGAUAUUAUGGAUGACGAAAUGAUCCUUAACCAAGCUAGAGACGAAGAAGAUAACGGAAAUUGGAAGGAAUCAGCUAGUCUCUAUAUCAAAUGCAAACACUUUAAAGAAGCAAUUGAUGUGUAUGGAAAGAAGGGAGUCCUUGACUCUAUUUUGAAUAUUCUCAAGAUCCUCGAUAAAGAUAAGCAUAAUGAAGAAAUUCAUUUAUGUGCUAGAUACUUUAAAGAAAUGGAUAAUCAUACUUAUGCUAAACAAGCUCUUCUGAAGCUUGGAGAUAUUAAAGGACUUAUGGCUCUCCAUAUUGAGUUCCAUCAAUGGGACGAAGCGUUGAACCAACUAAAGACCCAUCCUCAAUUUGCUGAUAAAGUUUAUCUCCCAUAUGCAGAUUGGUUAGCAGCAAAUGAUAAAUUUGAAGAAGCUCAGGCAGCAUACAAGAAAGCUAAGAAGCCUGAUCUUGCCUUAAGAAUCAUCGAAUUCCUGACUAAGAAUGCUGUAAUCGAGAAGAGAUUCAAGGAUGCUGCCAAAUAUCUCUUUAUACUAGCAUGUGAGUAUUUGAGGAUGGUGGAAGAUGCAGUCCAUCCAUCACCCGAAGAUUUGAAAAACUUAAAGAGAUUUGAAGAAAACUCCAAAAAGGCUGAAAUUUAUCAUGCCUACGAUCAUGUUCAUAAACUCAUCGAAGAUCCUUAUCAUAGUAUGGUGCAUGGAUCUCUAAUCAACGAAACUAUUUUCAAUUCAUCAAGAUUCUUAGUAAACACUAUCAGUAGUCAAAGUUUGCAAGGAAUUAACAAGGUGUAUAUUUACUACGCUUUGAGCCUCUUAGGUUCUAAAUUUGAAGCUUUCAGAACUGCUAGAUUUGGAUAUGAAAAGCUACAGACUUUGAAAAUAUCCCCAGAAUGGCAAGAAGAGAUCGAUCUGGCAGCCCUAAAGAUCAGAUGCAAGCCAUUUUCAGAUAAAGAGCAAUACCAGCCAAUCUGUAACAGAUGUAUGAAUGUAAAUGCACUUAUUAACCAGAAUGGAGAUCAUUGUACUGCUUGUGGUCACCCAUUCAUAAGAAACUUCGUCGGAUUCGACACUCUUCCAUUGGUAGAAUUUGUACCUGAGGCAAGAAUUCCUCUUCCAAAUGUUCUAGAACUCUUAAAGGAAGAACCUGAUGAAAGUGUUUCAACUCCUAGCUCAAGACCAUCUCAGAGGACUAAGCCUGAGACUGAUGGUUGGAAGGAGAACAUCUAUGGAGAAGAGCAGACUUUAACAUUUAACCAGCAGAAUAAUGAAGAAGAUAAUGACCUGUUUACUCAAAGAAUGCUUGAAUGGCUUGAGACCCAAGUAACCGCAGAUUCGUACAGACCUGUUGAAGUUAAUGAGGAAAUCCUGAGAUCUCUCAGAUUUUCAGAGGUAUUCAUGAUAGAUUUGAGACAUAUUUGUAAGAGCUACCCUAUCAGGUUCUUCAGAAAUGUGAUUCCUGAUAUCUCUAUUGGUCUCUGUGACAAUUCUGGUAAGUUCUAUCUCCAAGAUGAAUACGAGUUUGCUAAUAUUGAAGGCAAUGAGUGGCCAUUUGCUAAGGUUGGAAUUUAAAUUCAGUCAAAAUUCAAUAAUAAA